GUUUCUAUAGUUACCGAGAAGCUACAACAGAAAGGCAUAGACGGGAGGCUGUGGGAAGAUUUGAAAAUCUCACCCAAAUAUCGCACACCAAGGCGCGGCAUGGCGGCUCCGUGCUCCCAGCAGGCCGUGCUGCAGCAGGUCAGCCAGCUCUGGUCCCUGCUGGACGACCUGUCAGAGAGCAGCCCCGAGGGCUACCGCAGGUUCAUCCAGCAGCAGCUGAAGGACGGGGCUGAUUACUACAGCAGCCCUCAGGCUCACUCCUGUCUGCGCACUGAGAUACUGGAGCCAGAGGAGGGCGUGCUCUAUGUCAACGUGUGCAGCUGGAAGCGGGUCCCCACUCCGGAGUCUCACUCCAGCCCCGUCCCGCUGUGCGCCAGCAAGCUCGCGACUGGAGCUGAAGGCAAAGAGGUGUACAGUGUGAUCGAUGUGGCGUUCAGUCCCGAGACGCUGCGGAGAGCAGAGGGCGACGGUGAAGAGAGGGACCAGCUGCUCCGCCUGGCCUUGUUGUACGCUGAGCAGAACCACGGGCUGCGCCUCUCACCCUGCUACACUCUCACCAGCGCCAACAUCAAGGGCCCCACCCAGAGGAUGAGAGACCGCCUGGCCACACCUCUCAAUACCUCCGCCCACAGCGCUCCAGAAGAAGGGGGCUCCCUGCUCCAGCAGAUCUGUGCACUGCAGCAGAACAAAGAGAAGGAAGAAGAGAAGGGGUGCAGCCAGCUGUUCCCUCAGGAAGUCACAAAUCCAGCAAAAGGUGGUCUGAUCCAGGAGCUCUCAAGUACGACGACAGUAGCACAGCCUCAGGAGCCCCGCUAUAAGCUUGCGGUUAUCCAAGACGGCGAAGGGAGACCCCACACUCUCCAGCUGACUGUGGACUUGCCUGGGAUCAGCUCCAUCUCCGAGUGCAAACUGAGUAUCUCCCAGGAUGACGUGCUGAUCGAAGUGGAAGAUCUGUACCAUCUCCAGCUGGACCUGCCCGAGACAGUGAAUGAGGAGGCAGCCAGUGCCACUUUCAGCAAGAAGACCCGUAUACUGUCUGUGACUGUGCCUAUACUAUGAUCUGUAUAUUUUUGUGCGUAAGAAUUCAAGAAGCCCAUUGGUA